AUGGCGUUCGCCGACCAACAAAGAUGGAUUACUGUCCAACAAAAGACGUUUACAAAAUGGCUCAACGCGAAACUGAUACAACGGGAUUUGGAGGUCAAAGAUAUUGUUCAGGAUAUGUCGGACGGAGUCCUGCUCAUUCAUCUGCUCGAAUGUCUUUCGAAUGAAUCAUUGGGCCGUUACGCCUCAAAACCGAAACUGCGAGUACAGAAAUUCGAAAAUGCGAACCUUGCCCUAGACUUCAUCCGGUCCCGGGGCGUUCAGAUGACGAAUAUUGGCGCCGAGGAUAUUGUGGACGGCAACCGGAAAAUUGUGCUCGGUUUGAUAUGGACGCUGAUUCUGCGUUUCACCAUCAGUGAUAUCAACCAGGAGGGUAUGUCGGCCAAGGAGGGUUUGCUGCUUUGGUGCCAGCGCAAGACGGCAUGCUACGAUGAGGUAGAAGUCCGCGACUUCAGCGCCAGCUGGAAUGAUGGUCUUGCAUUUUGCGCCUUGCUCGAUAUCCAUAGACCUGAUCUUAUCGACUUCGACUCCCUGGACAAAUUGGACCACAAGGGUAACAUGCAGCUUGCGUUUGAUCUGGCAUCAGAAGAGAUUGGUAUUCCCAAGCUUCUCGACGUUGAAGACGUAGCAGAUGUUGCCAAACCCGACGAGAGAAGUCUGAUGACGUAUAUUGCGUACUGGUUCCACGCCUUCUCGCAAAUGGAAAAGGUUGAGAACGCUGGUCGACGAGUUGAGAAAUUUGUCAACAGCAUGCAAGGCGUCUGGGAGAUGCAAAGUACCUAUGAGAAGCGUAUCGCUGAGCUUCUUAAAAAUAUCAACGCGCAGAGAGAUGAAUGGUCGCAGUCCACCUUUGAAGGUACCUAUGCCGACGCAAAGGCGCAGGCUGCCGAUUUCUCCAAGUACAAGCGUGGCCAAAAGCGAGACUGGGUAGCAGAGAAGAGCGAUUUGGCAACUUUGCUGGGAAAUAUCAAGACAAAACUAGGAACAUACCGUCUUCGGCCAUAUGAGCCGCCCGCUCAUUUGAGUCUGAACAAACUCGAGGAUGACUGGACAAGUCUAUCCCAGAAGGAAAUGGGCCGCGCGCAAUUGAUCAACGAAACCAUCCGAGAUAUCAAAAACGCUCUUCGCAAAUCAUUUGCCGACAAGGCCAACGACUUUGCCAUGGCACUCAAGACCAUGCAAAUGGCCAUCUCUGGCCUCGAUGGCGAUCUAGAAGAUCAAUUGCAUCAUGUCAGAAAGCUGAGUAGUAACUUGGCACCUCUCGACAGAUAUCUCGAGACCAUUUUGGAUGUAGAGACCAAGUGUAUCGAGGCCAACAUCGAAGAGAAUGACUUUACCACCUAUUCAUACGACGAGCUUGCAUACGAACUCACCUUGGUAAAAUCAUCUGUUCAGAAGAAACUCGCAUUUUUGGAGAAUCAGAUGGUGGCGCGGAACAUGACAAACCUGACGCCCAUUCAACUCGAAGAAUUUGAAAGCGUAUUCCGACAUUUCGAUCGUGACGACUCCAAUGCGCUACAGGGACUAGAGUUCAGCGCUGCCUUGGCAUCUUUGGGCCUGGUCUUCUCAGAGGAUGAGAUGCAUGAUUACUUCUGGGAGACUUCAGGUGGCAAAGAUGAGGUGACUUUUGAGCAGUUUAUUCGUUUCAUGGUGGACGUGACGGAAGAUCAAAAUACUGCUGAGCAGGUAUUUCAGUCGUUCCGCGAAGUCGCAGAUGGGAAGCCCUAUGUUACAGAGAUGGACCUCCGACACAGCCUUGUUCCGGAUGAAGUCAUUGAGCAGCUCAACGGAAUCAUGCCGUUACAUACGGGACCGGAUAUGUCUGCUGAUCGGGGCAUGCCGCAAUACGAUUACAUUGCGUUUAUGGAGAAGAUGCUCAACAACCAAAAAGAAAGUGAUCAGGUUCCCAGCGGUGUACUGCAGGACAGGACAAACGUGGGGGAAUCCGGCCCUCGCAAAGAUGGCAAGGCGAACGGUCGGCAGAUUUGA